AUGAAAUCCAAGCUGGUCAGAAAGCACCCAACAGUGAAAGCAUUUUCACGCAGAGAGAUCAAAUCGCAUAUAUAUAUAAAAUCAGUUACCCCAUACGUCAGUGCACUUAAAAGAAUUAAAAAAGUACUGACAGAGCUGGAUAAGAGCUCUGCUACAUUUGUAGCUGUUCUAGGAAUGGGUAAAGCGGUAGAGAAAACGCUAUCGCUAGGAUGUCAUUUUGAGGAACAAAUGGGCAAGAGGAUUGAAGUACUCACAAAGACGAUCGAGGUGUUGGACGAAGUAACUGAAGUUGAUUCAGACACAGCAAGUGGUAACCAGGAACUACAAGAAGAGAAUGAGGACUUGGAGACAAUUUUGAAAAAAAGAACGUUAAGCGGUGUUGAAGUACGAAUCUAUGCAUAA